GAAAGUCGUUGGUAUUCAUGACUUUUCCGAAGAACUGAUCAAUAUAGUGAUGCAUGUAACAACUUUGUUUACAUUUUCGCAAUCAACUCAGCCAACGUAAGUCGAGGACCCCUGUACUUUAAUUUAGCUCAGAUUAAAUCUGUUUUAUAUAUGUAGCGCCACUUUACAAAGGUAUGAGACGUAUAAGAGUCUUUCAUAUAGUAAGUUGCCAAGUUAUAAAUAGAAACUCAGAAAAUCCAACUGAUUCCCUUUAAACAAGCAACAAUGGAAUGAAAACAAACCCCUUUACCAGGAAGCUUAUGUUACUUCUGUGCUCUAUUGUAAUUCCUUAUGAUCAGGAUCUCCCAGUAAUGCUAAUAAACCACCAGCUGAUCCAAAAUGCUGCAGCGAGACUUCUGCCAACAAAGAUAUUAAUUCUCCCAUUUUAGCUUCUCUUCAAGAAUAGAAUUCAGAAUCCUGCUCCUCAUAUACAAAGCUCUUAAUGACCAAGCUCCCUUCUAUCUUAAAGACCUUAAUGUAGCGUAUUAUCCUAACAGAGUGCUUCAUACUUAUGGCUGGUAGAGUCUCCAAAAGCAGAUUGGAAGGCAGAACGUUCAGUUAUGAGGCUCUUCUGUUGUGGAAUCAACUCUGAGUUUAAGUUAAAGAAACGGACACAAUCUCUACCUUUAACAUCAGACUUAAAACUUUUCUUGUUUUUGAUCCAGAUUAUAGUUGGGGCAGGCUCCAGUGACUCUGAACUACACUUUAAUGUGCUACUAUAGACAUACCCUGCUGAGGGACUUCCCAUGAUGCAGUGUCUCUGGCUUUGGAGCUGCACAUUUCUAAUCUGCAGUUACUGGUUAUUGUUCUCCGCUCACCCCAACCAGUCAAGGCAGAUGUCUGCUGUCCCCGAGCCUGGUUCUGCCCAAGGUUUCUUUCUGCAGCAGCAGCAUGUGAAUGGCGGCGGAAAGCAGCAGCAGAGUUGUCACGGAGGCGCAGGAGGAGCUCCGAACCUCCGGAGCUGUCAGCGCUCACACGCACCGCGGCGCGCAACACACACGGAGUCACGGCCACGUCCAGCAGUUCCAGCUCUGGGCGCACAGCCCCAACAUCCCCACCACCACCACCACCCAGCGGCAGCAGCAGCCUCACAGAGCUCACACCAGAAGCCACAAUCACUUCGGCGCUCCGACGCACGACAAGUACAGCCUGAGCCUCUCAUCAGCCAUGACCAAAGGGGAAAGAGGAGCGCAGGGCUCCGGGGGGAAAUUCAUCAAGCCCAGUGAGCCGCUGUUCCCCAAAACUUCUCACCAGACCGACCUGAGCCAGAAGUUGUCAUUAUGCAGUAAACUGUGUUUUGCCAUCGGCGGUGCACCAAAGGAAGUAGCUGCCAGCGCCACGGCCUUCUUCCUGCAGAUCUACCUGCUCGAUGUCGCCCAGAUCAACGCCUUCCAGGCCUCCAUGGUGCUGUUCAUCGGUAAAGCCUGGGGCGCCGUGACCGACCCCAUCGUCGGCUUCUUCAUUACAAAGAGCAGAUGGACCAAGAUCGGCAGACUCAUGCCCUGGAUGGUGGGCUGCACACCGUUCCUGGUGGUCUCCUACUUCUACCUCUGGUUCGUUCCUCCCUUCAGUGGCGGCAGGUUCAUCUGGUAUCUGGGCUUCUACUGCCUCUACCAAACCCUCAUCACUUGUUUCCACGUGCCUUACUCUGCCCUCACCAUGUUCCUGAGCACAGACCAGAAGGAAAGAGACUCGGCCACUGCUUACCGAAUGACGAUGGAGGUUCUGGGGACGCUGGUGGGCGCCGCCAUCCAGGGCCAGAUCGUAGCCAGCGCUCACACUCUGAAGCACUGCCCCACUCACAACAUGUCCGCCGGUUACCCCGGCAACAGCAGCGGGACGGAGGUCGUCAAGAGCCUGGUUCGCUCCCAGGAUUACCUGUCACACGCUAAGGAGGUUUACAUGAUCGCUGCCGGGGUGAUCGGAGGAGUGUUCGUCAUCUGUACCCUGGUGAUGUUUCUGGGAGUCAAAGAGAGAGACGAUCCGUAUGCCCCAAAGACGGAGAAGCAGAUCCCGUUCCACCAGGCCUUCAUCCUGGUGAUGAGACACGGGCCGUACCUCACUCUGACCGCCGCGUUCCUCUUCAUCACUGUCGCCAUUCAGCUGGUUCAGAGCAACUUUGUCCUCUUCUGCACCUACGCUGCCGACCUGAGGGACCACUUCCAGAACAUUGUGCUGACUAUCCUGGUUUCUGCAGUGAUAAGCAUUCCUCUCUGGCAAUGGUUUCUGCAGAGAUUCGGGAAGAAGACGGCUGCUUUUUGUGGCAUCACAUGGAUCAUGCCUUUCACCCUGAUGCUGGUGUUCAUUCCUAACGUGGUGGUGGCGUACGUUGUGGCCGUUUCCUCUGGACUCAGUGUCGCUGCGUCGCUCCUGCUGCCAUGGUCGAUGUUGCCAGACGUGGUGGACGACUUCAGACUGGCCAACCCCUACUGCAAAGGUCACGAAGCCAUCUUCUACUCCUUCUACGUCUUCUUCACUAAAUUCGCCGCUGGUAUCUCCCUGGGAGUGUCCACGCUUUGCCUGGAGUUUGCAGGCUACGACACCGGCGCCUGCAAGCAGCCAGCUCCAGUGGUUUACACCCUCAAGCUGCUGAUCGGCGCCGCCCCAGUGGCCUUCAUCGUCACCGGGUUAAUGAUCCUCCUCCUCUAUCCCAUCAGCGAAGACGUCCGGCUCAGGAACAAACUGUGCCUGGAGGAGCUACGGAAACAAAGCGUCAGCUCCAGAACUGUGGAAGAUUUGAGUAAUGUGUGACCUGGAUCUUGAAUGGAGUGAAUUUCACAGAGAAAAAAAACAAAAAAACAAAGCCACGGAUUCCAGCAAAGCAGCUGGAAGGUUGUUCUUUAGUGUAUAUUACACUGAUUACAUAGUUAAAUUGUUUUAAUGUAAACAUUUUUUGUUUCAUUUUCACAUGUACUGUAUAGUCAUCUUGGAUAAAUAAAUAUAUAUAAGAUUACCUAAUUUAUAUAAAUGAAUGUAUAUCAUUAUUUGCUGUGUUUAGCUCUACAACACCGUUAUUUAUUUAUGAUUCUAAAACGAUUGAUGAUAUGAAUAAAUGUUGUAGAGGUUGGUUGGUAGACAAUAA